AUGUUAUCCCUCCACAGUCCUUGUCUGGAAGCAUUUAUGCCUCCCUCCGCGUCCGGGCAAUCGCAUCUGGAUCAGUCUAUAUCGACCGUGACGAUCGAACUGCCUAAUCGGAUCUGCCGUAUCGCAUUCGAAAAUGUCAUUGAAUCGUUAUUGUGGGAGAAAAAUGUUAUGAACGCAGAUGGCCAACCAAUGGCGAUUAUGCGAUUAAAGGCAAUUUCCAAGGCUGGUGGGGGCAGCCAGUGGAAGGUCUCCGUAUUGCACAGUGAAAACAAUCUGACGGUACCGGCAACGAUGGAACACUCCAUCUCGAAUGUCAUGUGA